AUGCCGCGGUCUUUCUUGGUGAAGAAACCCCAAAGCAGCAAGAAGCCCAACUACUCGAGAGGAGACGUGAAGACAACCGAGCCUCCCCCCAGCGAGGAAGACUCCCUGAUCUCCAGCGUGGUCCUCACUCUUCCUCCUUACCCUCUGUCCUGGAGCCCGUGGCCAUCGCAGGGGCAGUGCUCCCUCUCCCCUUCGUCCAUUUCCUCCUCCUCUCUGUUUUUCACCGCCGCGGACAGGAGGCACCAGGGCAGAGAGAGGCUCCUCCCGCCUUCUCCAAACCUUGCCCUGUUCUCCCUGUCCGUGCCGCCCCAAGGCCCCUCCCACAGAGCAUCCGCAAUUCAGCAGCGCUACGGAAUACCGGAGCCGGGCCCGAGGACCGGAUCAGACCCUUAUCCGAGAACCCCCUUCGAAAGCUUCGGGAAUCUGGAACCCGGGGUUUUGUCAGGGGGUGACAAGAUAUCAGACUUUUGCGCGGCCCAAAGCCCACCCCUCUCACGGGACCAAAGGCAGCCGGAGGAAAAGACCACAUCACUCCCUCCAUCCAUCCCUCUCUCUUUGCCUAUCCUCGCCAUUCUUCCCGGCCCCGCUGGCGGCGGCGGCGGCGGCGGCGGCAGUGGCCGGGAGAGAUUUGAGUGUUUUGAUUGUCACACGGCAGACGUGACCAAGCAGGGGCAACUCUGCUUGGAGUGGCAAAGUAAGAAGUGCUUUAGCUGCAAGUACUGUGACAAAGAGUACGGGAGUCUGGGAGCCCUGAAGAUGCACAUCAGGACGCACACGCUGCCUUGUGUGUGCAAGCUGUGUGGGAAGGCCUUCUCCAGGCCCUGGCUGCUCCAGGGACAUAUACGAACACACACAGGAGAAAAGCCGUUUUCCUGUCUCCACUGCAGCCGUGCCUUCGCUGACCGCUCCAACCUGCGAGCUCACCAACAGACCCACUCCGAUGUGAAAAAGUACCAGUGUGCCUCCUGCUCCAAAACCUUCUCCAGGAUUUCCCUGCUCGGCAAGCACCAAGAAGCCGGCUGCUGCCCACAGUCCUGA